CUGAUCCACUGAUCGUCACAUCACGAUGAUCGCCGCUGCCUUCCUGGUCUUGCUAAGACCCUACAGCAUCCAAUGUGCCCUUCUAUUACUGUUCCUUAUGCUGGGCACCAUAGCCACGAUUUCCUUCCUCUGCUGCUGGCAUAGCAAGCUCCAGAAAAGCAGGCACCCCAUGAAGACUGUCUUCAGCUACCGACCGAGGAGCCGAGAUGCCAUCCUGAGACCCCAUCACUUUCGCUCAGAGGGAAUUAGGCCAAGCCCUCGUCACUUGAGGAGGUACACACGAGCCCGUGUUGAAGAAACAAAGCCUCCAGUAGAAGUCCAGCAGAGUGACCAAGACAUCACUUCACCUUUGAGGAAAAGAAAAAUCAAGAGAAGUAGCCGAGUCCAGCCAGAGUUUUAUCAGGCUGUCCAAGUGACACCCACCCGCAAACCAAGCUCGGGCACAGCGUCCUAUCGCUGCUCCAUGUCUUCCUCGGCCGACUUCUCCGAUGAUGACGACUUCAGCCACAAGUCAGGAUCGGCCUCUCCGGCGCCCGGUGACACUCUGCCCUGGAACCUACCGAGACACGAGAGGUGCAAGAGGAAGAGCUCCGGGGCGGCCGUGCUGGACCCUGCCGAGAGGGCAGUGCUCAGGAUCGCCGAUGAAAGAGACAAAGUGCAAAAGAAGACAUUUACCAAAUGGAUUAACCAGCACCUAAUGAAGGUACGGAAACAUGUGGGUGACCUAUAUGAAGAUUUACGCGAUGGGCAUAACUUAAUAUCUCUUUUAGAAGUUCUCUCUGGAGAUACCCUGCCAAGAGAACGAGAUUUUUUGAAGACCUUGCGGUUGCCCAGAGAAAAAGGCCGAAUGCGCUUUCACAGACUACAGAAUGUACAAAUUGCACUUGAUUAUUUGAAAAAACGUCAGGUGAAACUAGUUAAUAUUAGAAAUGAUGACAUAACAGAUGGGAAUCCCAAAUUGACUUUGGGCUUAAUAUGGACCAUCAUUCUGCACUUUCAGAUUUCUGACAUCCAUGUUACUGGAGAGUCAGAAGAUAUGUCAGCCAAAGAAAAACUUCUUCUUUGGACACAGCAAGCUGCAGAAAGCUAUGGUGGAAUUCGCUGUGAAAAUUUUACCACAUGCUGGCGAGAUGGACGACUCUUUAACGCCAUCAUUCAUAGAUACAGGCCGGACCUGAUUGACAUGGAUACUGUUGCUGUUCAAAGCAACAUUACAAAUUUAGAAAAUGCUUUUUAUGUGGCAGAAAGACUGGGUGUCACAAGACUUCUGGAUCCUGAAGAUGUAGAUGUUUCUUCUCCUGAUGAGAAGUCAGUGAUUACAUAUGUCUCCUCGAUGUAUGAUGUUUUUCCGAAGACACCAGAAGGUGGGGAAGGAAUUAGUGUAAAUGAUGUUGAAGUAAAAUGGAUAGAAUAUCAGAAUAUGGUGAAUUACCUCAUCCAAUGGAUAAGGCACCAUGUAGCAUUAAUGUCUGAGAGGAAUUUUCCAAACACUGCUGUAGAACUAAAGGCACUUUAUAACCAGUAUUUACAAUUUAAAGAGAAAGACAUCCCACCAAAGGAAAGUGAAAAGGCUAAAAUCAAGAAUCUGUACACAAUGUUAGAACAAUGGAUUGAGUUUGGCCGCAUCAAGCUUUCUCAAGGAUACCAUCCAAAUGAUAUAGAAAAAGAAUGGGGAAAGCUCAUCAUCGCCAUGUUUGAAAGAGAGAAAGCAAUAAGGCCUGAAAUUGAAAGGUUAGACAUGCUACAACAAAUAGCUAACCGAGUGCAGAGGGACAGCCUCGGUUGUGAAGACAAACUGAUUCUAGCUCGCAGUGCUCUUCAAGUUGAUACUAAACGGAUGGAAUCAGGCAUUCAGUUUCAAAAUGAUUCAGAAAUUGCGGGCUACCUAAUUGAAUGUGAGAAUCUCUUGCGACAGCAGCUUGUUGAUGUCCAGACCCUUGUUGAUGGGCAGUAUUACCAAGCAGAUCAGCUGGUACAGAGGGUCGCUUCUUUACGGGAUGAACUACUGGGAUUAAGGAAUGAAUAUUCAUCUUUAUACAGCAAAGGAAGGAUGUUUUCAUCUGACCAAACACAACUUAUGAUAUCAGGAAUAUCACAAAGCCUCAACUCAGGAUUUUCACAAAGCUUGAACCCUGCAAUGAACUCCAGUGUAUCCCACAAUAUGGCACCCAUGUCACCAACCAGCCUAACUCCAGGGAUUUCCUCUAGCCUGGGUCCUGGUAUUUCCAACAACUUCGCCCAGGGUAUUGCCGCCAACUUAAAUCAGGGUGUUUCCGGCAGCAUGUCUCCUGCUCUCCAACCUGUUCUUACUCCUGGUCUGCCAUCCAGCCUUAAUGCAAGUUAUUCUCAAGGCUUUAACUCACAGUUGACUCCUGCUAUGACGCCAGGGUUUUCACCAGGUUUUAACCAAGGUUUAAUCCAGAACUAUGCAACAGGAAUGAAUACAAAUCCAUUACAGUCACUUAAACUCAUGCAGGUUAAGAAACCACUUUUAAAAUCAUCCUUUGCUGACCAAAACUUACCAGAAGAAGAAGCCAACCUUAAAUUUGUUCAAGACCUUUGUAGCUGGGUGGAAGAGAUGCAGAUACAACUGGACCGAGGAAACUGGGGUUCAGAAUUAUCAAGUAUUGAGUUCCAUUUAGAAAGCCACAAAAAUUUUCAUGGGGAUAUUGAAGAAUUUGAGACCAGUCUUAAAGAGGCAAAAAUGACCGAGCUUCAAAUAUCUGGUCCUUUGAAAAGUUCAUACUCUGAUACUCUACACAAAGUGGAGGGCCUUUAUUCCAAACUGCUGAGUUCAUCAAGAAACCGACAUAAGCACCUAGACUCCUUGCAAAGUUUUGUAGCAAGAGCCACAAGAGAACUCAUAUGGCUAAAUGAAAAAGAGGAGGAGGAAGUAGCUUAUGACUGGAGCGAUAGAAACCAAAAUAUAUCUGCUAAAAAAGACUAUCAUGCUGAUCUGAUGAGAGAACUUGAUCAUAAAGAAGAAGUCAUUAAAUCGCUGCAGGACACAGCAGAGCAGAUGCUGCUUCAAAGUCAUCCUGCAAGAUCCACUAUUGAGGCCUACAAAGCUGCUAUGCAGACUCAAUGGAACUGGAUUUUACAGCUCUGCAGCUGUGUAGAACAACACAUACGACAGAACACUGCCUACUUUGAGUAUUUCAAUGAUGCCAAAGAAGCCACUAAUUAUCUGAAGACCUUGAAAGAUGGCAUACUAAGGAAAUAUAGCUGCGACAAAUCGACCAGCGUACACAAGCUAGAAGACCUGGUGCAUGAAUCUAUGGAAGAAAAAGAACAGCUUUUGCAGUACAAGAGCACCAUCGCCAGUGUUGUGGGGAAGGCAAAGUUAGUAGUGCAACUAAAGCCAAGAAAUCCAGAAAAUCCACUAAAAUCUUCAAUACCUAUAAGAUCUAUUUGUGAUUAUAGGCAAAUCGAGAUUACUAUCUACAAAGAUGAUGAAUGUGUACUGGGCAGCAAUUCACAUCGGGGAAAGUGGAAAGUGAUCAGUCCAACUGGUAAUGAGGCUAUGGUCCCUUCUGUGUGCUUUACAGUGCCAGCACCAAACAAAGAGGCUAUAGAUGCUGCAAACAGGAUUGAACAAACGUUUCAGAGUGUCCUAUCCCUGUGGCAUGAAUCUCACAUUAACAUGAAGAGCAUGGUAUCCUGGCAUUACCUGAUGAAUGAAAUUGAGGCUAUGCGGGCCAGCAAGGUUUCUUCGAUUAAAACCUUGCUGCCUGGAGAGCAUCAGCAAGUAAUGGGCAAUCUGAAAACCCGUUUUGAAGAAUUUCUGGAAGACAGCCAGGAGUCAAAGAUGUUCUCUGUCUCUGACAUAUCCCAGCUAGAAAGGGAAGUGCAUGUCUGCAAAUUGUACUACGAGGAGCUGCUGAAAUCUGCAGAAAGAGAGGAGCAAGAAGAAUCUAUUUACAACCUUUACACUUCUGAGAUUCGUAACUUUCGACUUAGAUUGGAGAGCAUUGAGGAACGUCUCAUUCGACAAAUCAGAACUCCAUUGGACAGGGAUGAUCUUCAUGAAAGUGCACUGAGGAUUUCUGAACAGGAGAAAGUGAAGAAGGAGUUGGAUCAUCUGAAAGUAGAUUUAUCAGCAAUUUCAGAGAAAUGUGAGGAGUUCUUUAGCCAAGCUGCUGCUUCUCCAUCGAUCGCAGCUUUACAAGGAGAACUGAAUGCAGUUAUCCAGUAUAUGAACACGCUGUAUUCCAUGUCUUCCAUCUACCUGGAAAAAUUAAAGACAAUAAAUCUGGUGCUAAAGAACACACAAGGAGCUGAGACUCUAGUGAAGACGUUUGAGACCAAACUUUGUGAAGAGGAUGUGAUUACAGCUGAUAAAGGUGCAAUCGAUAGACUGAUUGCCACCCUAAAGCAAUGGAGAUCAGAGGUUGAUGAGAAAAGAGAGGUGUUUCACGCAUUGGAAGAUGGACUACAGAAAGCCAAAGCCAUUAGUGAUCAAAUGUUCAAAGUACACAAGGAACGAGAUCUCGACUUUGACUGGCAUAAAGAAAAGGCGGACCAAAUUGCAGAGAGGUGGCAGAAUGUACAUUCCCAGAUUGAAAACAGGUUACGAGACUUGGAUGGAAUUAGCAAAUCACUGAAAUACUAUAAGGAAUCAUACUUGACUCUUGACUCCUGGAUUAGGCAAAUAGAGGAAACACAAAGUAAGCUGCAAGACAGCAUGCCUGAUAGCAAGGCACUUUCUAAACAGCUAGACCAGCAGAAGAUGCUGAUUUCAGAAAUUGAGAUGAAACAAAGCAAGGUGGAUGAAUGUCAGAAGUAUUCGGAGCAGUAUUCUUUGGCUAUAAAGGAUUAUGAACUACAACUUAUGACAUAUAGAGCAUUAGUGGAUUCCCAUCAAAAGUCUCCAAUGAAGCGCAGAAGAUUUCAGAGCUCUUCUGAUGUUGUUGUACAGGAGUACAUGGAUCUAAAGACCCGUUACAAUGCUUUGAUGACUUUAAUUAACCAGUUUAAUAAAUUUUCUGGUGAAACCUUGAAGAGACUGGAAGAAGAAGAGAAGUUACUGGAAGAUGAAAAGAAAGAGCAUGUAAAGAAGGCAGGGGAUAUACUGAACUGGGUGUCCAAAAUCAAUAAAACACUAAGUAAAGAAGGAGGAAGUCAAGACACUGCAGAAAAAAAUCUAUUUUCUGAGCCACAGAUUUCUUCUGAAGAAAUUCUAACAAAGCAAGAAGAAAUGGCAGAUGCUGUACAAACAUUGCAAUUACUUUUAGCCAAACAUGGUGACAGAAUGACAGAAGAAGAAAGAUCAGAGAUUGAAGCACAAAUCAAAGCAUUACAGGAGAGCCAAAGUGUGCUAUCUAGAGAGUAUGAAAGACAGCAACAAGAAGCCAAGGACUUGGUAGAGAAACUGGUGGAGCAGAAGGUUGAUAAGAUUAUAUCAGGAACCAUAGAUGAAACAACUGGGACAGUUCAUUCAAUCUAUCAUUCUGUUCUGGAAGGCCUUAUUGAUUAUGAAACCGGAAUUCAGCUGUUUGAAAUGCAGCUAAUUGUUUCUGGAUUGGUUUGUCCAUACACAAAGACAUGCUUUGAUGUUGAAGAAGCCAAGACUCACAGACUUAUUGAUGCACAAAUUCAAAUACGAUUACAGGAGAUAGCAGAUGCUAAAGUUAUUAUUUCAACUCACUCAUCAAGUGAGUUUCCAGUAAUAUCUGCCAUUGAACAGGGGUUAAUAUCAGAGACAGUAGCAAUUAAGGUAAUCAGCACUUUACUUUCUUGUGGGUGCCUACAAGUUCCUACGACUGGAGAACAACUCAAUGUAAAUAAACUUUUCCAGCGAAAUAUGAUCUCCCCAUUGAUGUUUACUAAACUUUUUGAAAGACAGAAGACAGGUAAAGAUCUGAUUGAUCCUAUAAGUGCAGAGAAGGUUACUCUAGCAGAACUCUUCCAGAGGACUGUCAUAGAUAAGACAACAGGAAUGAGAUUUCUUCCAGUUAGUGCAGAAGAAAAAGGUAAAGUCACAUUAAAAUCUGGAAGGAGAGUCAAUGUUCUAAGAGCAGCUCAUGAAGGAGUCCUAGAACGGGAAGUCAUGUAUAGAUUGUUGGGAGCUCAGCUUCUUUCAGGAGGUAUUAUAGACCCUGAUUUUGGAAAAAGAUUGACACUGGAGGAAUCUAGAGAGCAGGGUAUAAUUGACCAGGCAACAAUAUGUGGAAUAUUAACUCAACAGAUUCAAAAUGGGGGAAUAAUCUGCCCAUCAACAAAAAAAUGUUUAACUGUGGAUGAAGCUGUGCAGUGCAACCUAAUCUCACACAGCAGUGCCCUGAUGGUUCUAGAAGCACAAAGAGGAUUUAUUGGAUUGAUAUGGCCGGACACAAGUGAGAUAUUUCCUAUAUCCACAUCUUUGCAACAAGGAAUGGUUUCAAAUGAACUAGCAGAAAAGAUCUUAAGCAACAGACAGAAAAUCUCUGGAUUAUAUAUACCAGAAACAUCUGAGAUCGUGAGAUUAGACGUGGCUGCUCAACUUGGUAUAAUAGAAAAUAACACUGCAGCAGUUCUCAGCAACCUGGAAUUACAGGACAAAAUGCCAAAUAUAGAUGUACUGGAACCCACAUGCAAACCUAAAUGGAUGCCAUGCUAUGAUUCUCAGACCUCUCAGCUGAAUGAAAAUUCUGAAAAUAAAUCAGAGGAACCACUGGUGCACAAUCCUGAACAUACAAAACAGUUGUUCAUUUCCUAUCUCAUGAUAAAUAGCUAUAUUGAUGCCAAUACAGGAGAAAGACUUUUGCUGUUCGAUGGUGAUCUUGAUGAAGCUGCCAGCAUGUUGUUAGAGUCUGAACAAAUAGUGCGGUCAUCAAUAGAACAGAACGGAGAACCCACUGAUGUCUGUGAAACAGAUCCGGCUCUAAAAGUGAUUGAUGUCGAUGACAAUAUAAACAACAUCUGCAUGGAUAAUAAUACUACAACUCUUUUAAAAUCUAAUUUUGAGGAACUAGUGAGCAAGGAAAAUGGUACAGUCCACAUUGAACCUCAGAGUUUGGACAACGUUGACAAAGAAACUCAAGGCAUGAUAUGCCAACAGUUCGAAAAAACUGAGCAAAAUGAUACAUUUAGGGAGCCUGAUUCACACUGCCUCCCUAAAUCAAAUGGAGAGAAUGAAGAAAUAAUAAUUUACCCAGCACAAGGUACCCAAGAGAACAAAACAGAUGUUCAACAAAGAGAGCAAAAUAACCAUUCUGCUGAUUAUAACUGUGACCAAGAGCCAUUUCAAGAGGACUAUAACGAGAGCACCUGCGAAAAACAAAUUUUGUCCAAAAUUUGUAAUUUUGAGGAUGAACUAGAGAAUAAAGACCAUUCCAUACGAGAACAAAUUAGUUCUUCUGAUACAGUAGUUCAGUUGUUUUCUCUGGUUGACGACUGUAAUAAGAGUGAACAAGAAGUGCAGAAAUUUCAAGGUAGCUGUUUUAAUGACAAUCUCCCUCUGCCUUAUGCAAGUCACAAUAUUUUCUCUGAUCUUCUGCGUGAGGAAGAGGAAUAUAGUGAUUUUUCUAAUGAUUCUGAAAUCAAAACACAUAGAUAUCUGGGAAGCAGCAGUGAUUCUGAAAUUUCUGUAGGGGAUGAUGACAGUGAAUUUGAUGUUAGUAACGUGUUUCAGACACUUAAAACCUGGAAAACCAUUGGAGGAGACAGUGUAGAGGACAAGACACCUACUCAAAGUGAUACAAGCUCAGAUGAUGAUACUUUCUAUUAUAGUGACAAUGAUAUUGAAAGCACUGACAUGGUACAUGAAAGACAGUUCCUGGAAACAAUAACUGAAGAAGAUUCAGAAUGUAACUUGUGUGUAGAAGACCGGACUGUAGACCAUAAAGUUGUUCAGCCCCCUAAGGAAACCAACUCUGCACACGUAGAGGAAGGUGCAUUGGAGAGUAGCAAAUUAAACAGUUGUAAAGAAAAUAUUUCCCAAAGCCCUCACAAUUUUUCUGUUGUAUUUAAAGAUGAAGAAAUAGAUGAUGAAUCUACUGAAAGUUUUUUCAGUGAAACUGAUGUUGAAUGUUUUGUUACCGAUGAAAACAACAGUGAAGAAGAUUAUCAUGCUACUGAGGAGCAUUCCGAUUUAUGUUUUGAAGAUAUAGAAAUGAAUGAAGCUCCUAGUCAAUUUAAUUCUAACACUCAGUGUAGAGAUGUUGAUGUUCAGACAAAUAAUAGUAUCAGUGGAAAUUCUUUCUCAGUUAGUACUUGUGACAAUACAUGCGACUCUAACAUUCGUAGUGAAUCACAAGACCCGCUAGAUGAUUUCAUAGAUGCAGAUAUGUUUGAAACGAAAAAUAUUGACUCCUCUAUGAACAUUACAGAGCCUCAAUCUCAAGGUAAGAGUACUUGUGCCAAUCAGUACUUCACACAUAUGGAAGAACAUGGAAAACAGAAUUCUACAUGCCUUCAAGCAUCAGAUACUUGUUCAUCUUCCAGGCUUGAUAGUCAACAUCCUCAAACUAAAGAUAAUGGUAUAUGUUCUGAAAUGCAAGCUGCACUGAAUCAUAUUGAAGGGGACAGAGCAUCAGCCAAACAAACUACUGAACCUGUUCAAACUCAAGUUAAUAGUGCAGAUAUCCUGCAAGAAAGCCUUUCGACUAAGGGAGAUGGUAAAUGUACCAAGUUAGUAAAUGGAACUCACCAAACUGAUGACGAUUCUGUAAAUAGUGACUUUUAUAAUGGUCCACUACCUGAUAACACAUGUGUCAAGAGCGAUACUAAACAUAUAGAAAUUGAAUAUGAGCUGAAUAAUGAAUGUCUUCAGCCUGAAGUUAGUAGUGUGUGUGCUAAGCAUGGUACCGAACACCUACAAAUUGAAAAUAAUCCAAGUUUCAGUCAAGAUAUUCUGUGCCAAACGGUUCAUUUCAGCGAAGAGCAAAUGAAUGGGAAGUAUUUUGAUAUGGAUUCUAGCAAAUCUGCUAGCUCUACUCUUGUAAUAUCUCAUAAAGAGCCUGAAAAGCAUAUAGUGAACUUGGAGUUACAUGGACAGAACAUUUCAGAUUUGCCAGAUAACAAGUUGAUCCAGAAAGAGAAUGGUGAAAGUGCAAAUUAUGCUUCACUUGAGCCAAUCAAUGACACAGAAAUAUGCAAAAUUACAGAUAAGCUGGACAAAAAUGAAGAUGUGACUAAAUGGAAAGAAAAUGCUACUCAAUAUUCAGUAAAAAGUCCUAUUCAUAUUGACAAUCUGAGUACAAUAUUUGAUUCGUCAGUUACUAAAACCCACAGUGAUGAUCUGGAACCCAAUGCUGCCAAAUCUGUGCCUGGACGUGUUAAACCAUAUAAUGCACCCCAGCCUGACACUGAAAACACUGUAGUCUCAGGGAGUUUAACAACAUACUUGAAAAGUUAUGCAGAAAUUAUCCAAACUGAGGAAUCUUCUGCUGAGCAUACCUACUCCUCGAAGGAGCAAUUUGGAGGCUUACUAAAGCAGACUUGUUUAGUAGAUGAAAAAAAUGCAUCCAUCGUAGUUCCGAAGGAUAAUAGCAGUGUACUUUUGGAAAAUGACAAAAUAUUAGUUCAUUUAAAAAACUCAUUAGAAAAUAGCAAAGGGGCAGAUGAAGUUCCUGUCCAAACAGAUGACAGUGAACCCAUUGCACAUAUUUGUAAGGACUUUAACACACCAACAUGUGAGGCCAAAAUCCAGAUGAAUGAUAAGCCAUAUGACAACUCUUUUGUUGAACAGCAAGUGCAGGAGCUGAAUCAUCCUAAAUUAAUCCCUUCCCAACUUGAUCAAAUCUUCCAUAUCCCUCCUGAUAAUGAAAAUUUGAAUAAAUUGGAGGAAUUAAUAAUAAACAUAAAUAAAGGUUUGUUUCCUUGUGAGUCAGUCUGCCAGUCUUCUCAAUCUGUGGACUUUUCUGAGCAAAAUCUGAAACCAACUAAUUCUGUUACCCAAGACUGCAAUUGUAGACAAUCAGAAAAUGAAGUAAAGGGCAGUGUAUUAGAAGAAGUCAAUGAAAUAAAUUCCAUGGAUGCAAAGCCUGAAUCAGUGAAUGUAACAAAUACACCAGAAAUCAAACAGACUGUGGAAAACCAUUCUAUUGAUGAGACAACUGUUAAAUUAAAUCUUUCCGGUCAGACGUUGCGUAAACAUCUGAUUGUUGUUCAAGAUCAGAAACUCCAUUUGGAAAAUGUACCAAUCAUUGGUGACAGCCUGGAAACACUAAAAAUGCAACUUGAGCAGCUAGAGUCAUUUGAAUCAAGACUGGCUGCAUUUUCUGCUACCCUGAAAGAAGAUGUUCAGCUUGCAGAGCAGUUAUCACUGUCUAUGCCUCAUGACAUUGCAGGAGCACAUCUUAAGGAACUAAGUGACAAUUUGAUGAAAACCUUUUCUGCAGUUUGUGAAAUGUCUUCAGAUCGAGCAAAACAAAUUGCGUACGCAGUGGAUACUGAAAUGACUAAGUUGAUAGAGACCCAUCAGGGCCUUUUUAAUCGUUUACAAGUGCUUUCAGAUUGGCUUAGCUCUAAUAGUGAACCUAUGGGCUUUUCACUGAAUACUAAUGAUGUGGAUGCAUUGAAGAAAACCUUACAGUGCCUAAAGGAUUUAAACACUCAGCUCUCAGAACAAAAAAUAGAACUGGAGACAACGGCAUUUGAUAUCCAAUUCUUCAUAUCGGAACAUGCUCAGGAUCUAUCUCCAAAUCAAAGCAAACAGCUGCUGCGGCUUUUGAAUGCAACACAGAAAAAUUUCCAGGAAGCUCAGAAGAAAUUCUCUUCACAAACAGAGUCAUUGAAAAGCCACCUGCUUGCAGUCCAGGACUUGAAUGAGCUGAAGGAUGCUGAGGUGCAGCUGCAGGAACACAAGGGAAAGCUGCAGGAGCUUUGCGACCUGCUUACACAGACAGAGAACAAAUUGAUUGGUCAACAAGACAAGCUGAUUGCGAGGGAUACUCCAGCUGAUCUUCAACACUGUCAGAGUGAAUAUGAGGAGCUACAGAAAGAUAUGCAGGCUGGUGCCAGUGAGUUGGCAGAAAUUGUGAAGAAUACAGAGAAAUUCCUACAGGAACAAGGAGAUAAACUUUCCUCUGAAGAGAAAGCCAUAAUUGAGCAGAAACUUAAGGAAGCUAAAGCUAAGUUUGAAAUUCUUCAAAAGAAAGCAGAAGAAUCCAAAAGGGAGUUGGAAAAAGCAGUCACAACAGCCAUUAAGAAAGAAACUGAAAAGUCUGCUGCUGUUGAACAACUGGAAGAAAGCAAAAACAAGAUAGAGAGCUUGCUAAAUUGGCUUUCACAAACUGAUGAAAAAGGGGAGAAUGGCAACUUGGUAAAGAAACCUGCAAUCCAGCAUAAUGGAACAUAUCACAAAGACAGCGAACUACAGUCUAUACUGGAUGGUGUGGAAGAGGUUAAUGGCAACCUAAUAGAGUCUGAUGGAAAAAUGAGUAACGCAAGGUUAAAGGAACUAUCUAAUAAAGAUGACCUAGGCAGCCAGUAUCAAAAAGUGAAGGCCCAACAUGAAAAGCUUGUGUCUCAACAUCAGGCUGUAAUAAUAGCCACACAGUCAGCACAAGCUCUUCUGGAGAAACAAGGUAGUCACCUCACUCCUGAAGAGAAGAAAAAGCUUCAGGGAGACAUAGAGGCAUUAAAAGCCCAAUAUGAAUCAGCUUUGAGUGACUCUGAAAAGAAAAUGAAGGUGAUCCAAACAAUGCAAGAAGAAUUGGAGAAGUUCACUAAAGAUUAUAAUGAAUUUGAGAAUUGGCUUCAGGACUCAAAGCAUGAACUGGAACAUCUGGAGAUUGGGGCUGAGAAAUUUGCUGGUGUUUUAGACAAGCUGCAAAAGCAAAAAAUCUAUUCAGAAGAUGUGAUCUCUCACAAAGGGGACUUGCGUUACAUCACUAUAUCUGGACAGAGAGUACUAGAUGCUGCAAAGUCUUGCAACAAACAUGAUGUUGUGGAGGAUAAUAAUAAUGUCGGCACCCUUGAAACAUGUAAAAUGGUUCAAAGCAAAAUAGACUUGGCUUCAGAAAACUUCAAGUCUUUACAUACUAAGUGCAAUAUCCUGGGGAAUAACUUGAAGGAUUUAGUGGACAAAUAUGAACAUUAUAAGGAAGCAUCACAUGGGUUACUGGCAGGUCUUCAGAGCUCAGAAUCCACUGUGGAAAAACGCCUGUCUGAACCUAUUGCUGCUGACAGCAGGAACUUGCAAAGGCAGAUAGAAGAAACUAAGUUGCUCUGCGAGCAGGUAUCUGUCCACCAGAUUGGCGUGGAGAAGCUAAAAAAGGCUGCAGAAGGUCUCCUUGAUGCCAGAGGCGGGCUCCUGUUAAAUAAGGAUGAAAUCCAAAAGCCACUUGAUGACAUUGUGGGAAAAUACAAUAAUUUAUCCCAGUCUGUGAAUGACUGGAAUGAGAAACUCCAAAUAACUCUUACUCGCUCACUCAGUGUUCAAGAUGGACUGGAUGAAAUGUUUGAUUGGAUGCAUGGGGUAGAAAAGGACCUGAAAGAGCAACAAUAUGUGCCAUUAAAUUCUUCAUCUAUUCAGGAAAUCAUUACAAAAAACAAUAUACUUGAACAUGACAUCACAAGUCGUCAGAGCAGCAUUAAUACAAUGAACGAGAAAGUGAAAACAUUUACGGAGACAGCUGAUUCCUCCACUGCAUCUUCACUGCAAGGAAAAAUGAAUGAACUGUGUGAACGUUUUUCUAAAGCUGGUGAACUUACCAAAGCACGCCUAAAGAAAAUGGAAGACUUGAAGACCCAGGUGGAACUGUUUGAGGACCUCACUGAGAAAGUGCAGUCAUUCUUGGACCAGAAAUUAAAGGCACUGAUAGAGGCAGACAGUCCUGGAAAGGAUGUGAGAGAGCUGUCUCAGUACAUACAGGAAACAAGCAAUGAGCUACAGCAGCACAAGAAAAGAAUGGAGAAUUUACAUCGACUGGCAGAAGAAUUGUGUGUGUACGGUCUCCCAGGUGACAAGGCCCUGGUUUUGGAAAAAGUGAACUCCUUGUCCCAAAUGUUUAAGGAUCUUGAAGAGACUGUUAGGGCAAAGGAAGAGGAUGUAUCAUCCUGUCAAAGUCAGAUGGACUCUUUCCAGUCUUUAGUUCAGUCUUUGAAACACUGGUUUAUGACAGUAAAUGAUAAAAUUCCUCCAGAAGCCCCAACUCUGUGUUUGAAAGAUCUGACUGAACGCCUACAAGAAACUAAGAAUUUGCAGGAAGAGUGGACACAAAAGUCACCAGAAGUACAAAAAGUAAACAGCAAAGGAUCAUCAUUGUGCAGCUUGAUUGCUGCAGUGACCUCACCUGCAAAGGCCAGAUCAACUGCCAAAUCGGGUAGGGGCCUGGUGAAUGGAGCUGCUUCAUCUGCUGCUAAAGAAAAUAUAACAAAUAAAGAAUUGGUUGUAGUGCAGAAGGGAAUGGCAGAUGUUAACGAAGGCUAUGAACAUUUGGGAAAAUUACUAAAAGACAAAAUGGGUGAACUAGAAGCUCGACUUUCUCAGCUACAGCAAAUCCAAGAUGAAACCAACUCUUUGGUACAGUGGCUUGAAAAAAUGCACACAACUGCCACAUCAUGGGAAGCCCCUACAGAUAGCGAAUCAGUGCGAGUCCAUGUCGAGCAGCAUAAGGUGUUUGCAGCAGAAGUGAAACAGAAUGAAAGCAAAGUUGAAGCAUUAAAAGGCAAGCUGAAAAGUUUCAUACAGAACAAUGUGGAUGCUCCAGAGAUUCAACAAUGGGAGGACAUCUCAAAUAAAAUAGAAUCUUCCUGGACAGAGAUCACCCAGUCUACAGCCGAAAGGCAGCAAACCUUGGAAGAAUCAUCAAAUGACCUGGCCCUGUUCCAGACAGCUGAGGCCCAGUUAAAGCAAUGGCUUGUAGAGAAAGAACUCAUGGCAAGUGUUCUUGGACCACUUUCAAUAGACCCGAAUAUGUUGAAAACUCAGAAACAGCAAGUUCAGAUUCUCCUGAAAGAGUUUGAUGCACGAAAACAGCAGUAUGAGCAACUUAACAGCACGGGGCAGAAAAUCCUAAGCCGACCAGGGGAUCUUCCUCCUUGUGAUGAGGCUGUAAAAGAGCAGUUGGCAUCUGUGGCGUGUAAAUGGGAGAGCUUGAGCGGACAAUUGAAUGACAGAUGUGACAGAAUUGACCAAGCUAUUGUGAAGAGCACUCACUACCAAAGCCUUCUGAAUGGCCUUUCUGAGAAACUAAGUGCCUUGAAUAACAAACUGAGUAGCAAUAUGACAGUAAGCUCUCACCCUGAUGCUGUAAAACAGAAGAUGGACAAUGCAAAGCAGGUACAGGAAGAAAUAAACAUAGAGAUGGCCAACAUUGACCUUGCCAAAGCCCUUUGUGAUGACCUGUCACAUCUGGUGACCGAGGAGUACUUGAAGACAGAACUGAAAAGGCAAAUGGACACGGUUGUUAAGCCGUUCAUGGACUUAAAAGAAAAAGCAGGUUUUCAAGUUGAGCAGCUACAAUCUGCAUUUGCUAGCUCUCAAAAAUUCCAUCAGUUGUCUGAAGAUUUCCUGGCUUGGAUGGAGAAUCAGAAAAAAAUGCAAAAUGAAGCAGCACCUAUCUCAGCCAAGCUUGAGGUUUUGGAGUCAUUAAUCACAGAAACAAAACAAGCACACAGUACAUUGAAUGCCCAGCAUGGUGCCUAUGAAAAGAUUAUAACAGAGGGUGAGAACCUUUUACAAAAAACUGAAGGGAAAGAGAAGGCAAAACUUCAGUCUCAGCUCUCUAUGCUUAAAUCUAGCUGGGAAGACAUUAAUAAGAAAGUAUCGGAACGGGAGAACAAUUUGAUAGAGUGCCAACAAAAAGCAGUGAAAUACAGAGACAUGGUGGAUAACAUAGAGCCUUGGAUUGAAGAGUAUCAAAAUAAAAUAUUUUUAGUUAAACUUUCCACAGACCCAACAGUGAUAGAAAAUUCAAUUGGAGAAGUAAAAGCUCUACAAAAGAGUGUUGAUAAACAGCGUGGAAUAGUGGAGAUGUUAAACAGUGCAGCAGAUAGUUUAUUAAACUCCUGUGAGACAGAUAAAGACCUAAUUACAGAAGAGAGUGCCGUGUUGAAUGACAAGGUGGAAUCACUUAUUGAUGGUUUACAUAAUAAAAGAGACUCACUUGAGAACAUGGCACUGCGUCUUAAAGACUUCCAAGAAUCUGUUAGAGAAGCUGAAAAGCAACUGUCUGUGGCUCAGGAACAUAUAGAAGUACAUGAAUCUCUCGGGACCCAAGCAUGUAGUAACAAGCAUUUAACAAUAAUGCAAACCCAACAAAAAGCCCUUCAAAGUCUGCAGCCACAAAUACAGCACUCUGUAAAAUUGGCUCAAGAGAUUGUGGUAGAUGCCUCAGAUGCAGAAGGUGUGUCUGAUCUUCUUCUUCAAGCUGAAUCCCUUCAGCAAAAACACAACACUAUCAGCCAACAAAUAGAAGAAAAAUGUUCCUUCUUGGAAACCAAGUUACAAGGAAUCGGACAUUUCCAAAAUAGUAUCAGAGAGAUGUUUUCUCAGUUUACAGAGUUGGAUGAUGAGCUUGACAGUAUGAUGCCAAUUGCAAGGGAUAUGAAUACGCUACAGGCUCAGAAAAAGGACAUUAGCAGAUUCAUGCAGAACUUAGGAGAUCUUAUAACAACUAAUGACAAUGCUAACAAGACCUGCAAGAUGAUGUUGACCUCUGAAACAUCUCCUGAUCUUGUUGGAAUUAAAAGGGACCUAGAAGCCUUGAGAAAACAAUGCAGCAAAUUACAGGAUCGAGCAAAAUUCAGAGAAGAAAACAUUGAUGGUACUGUUACCAGAAUGAAAGACUUUUACAAUACAUUAAAAGAAUUUGCUGAUGAGCUCAGUAAAGCAAAAGAGCAUGAAGAAUCGCAAGGUCCUGUUGGAAUGGAAACUGAUGUCAUCAAUCAACAGCUGUCCAUUUUUACGGCUUUCCAGAAAGAAGAAAUUGAACCCCUUCAAGCUCGACUACAAGCAGUGAACUGGCUAGGUCAGGGGCUUGUUCAAAGUGCUGCGAAAAACACCAGCACCCAGAAUUUAGAACACGAUCUGGAGGAAGUCAACACAAAGUGGAAUACUCUGAACAAAAAGGUUGCUCAGCGUGCAGUUCAACUACAAGAAGCUCUCCUCCAAUGUGGACGAUUUCAAGAUGCAAUUGAAUCUAUACUGAGCUGGCUUGCAGACACAGAGGAGCUUGUGGCCAAUCAGAAGUUACCAUCUGCUGAAUUCAAGGUGGUCAAAGCUCAGAUUCAGGAGCAAAAGCUGCUACAAAGACUACUUGAUGACCGAAAGCCAACCAUUGAUGUUAUUAAACGAGAGGGGGGAAAGAUUGCUGCUACUGCUGACCAAACAGAUAAAGACAAGAUCUUGAAGCAGCUCAGUACCCUGGAGCAUCGGUGGGAUGAGUUGCUGAAGAAAGCUGAAAUACGGAAUCAUCAGCUGGAAGGUAUAUUGAUUGUAGCAGAACAGUUCCAUGACACCUUGGAACCUCUGUCUGAGUGGCUCAGCAACACAGAAAAGAAGCUUGCCAAUGCAGAACCUAUUGGUACACAGACAUCCAAACUCCAGGAGCAGAUUGCUCAGCACAAAGCACUGCAAGACGACAUUACAGCUCACAAUUCACUAUUGCACCAAUCUCUGAGCAUUGGCAAGUCUUUAAAGGCGCUGAGUUCCAGAGAAGAGAAGGAGAUGGUUCAGGAAAAAUUAGAUCUCUUACAGACACGGCACAUGGAGAUCCAAGAGAGAAGUAGCAGGAGAAGUGAACUUCUACAGCAGGCACACUGCAAUGCUCAGAUAUUUGGCGAUGAUGAGGUUGAGCUGAUGAACUGGCUGACUGAAGUACUUGACAAGCUGAGCAAACUGUCAGUUCAAGAUUACAGUACAGAUGUACUCACAAGGCAGCACACUGAAUUGCUGCUCCUUCAGGAAGAUAUUGUGCUCAGGAAGCAAAAUGUGGACCAGGCCAUACUGAAUGGAUUGGAACUGCUUAAACAGACAACCGGUGAUGAAGUGGUCAUUAUACAGGAAAAACUAGAUGGGAUCAAAUCAAGAUAUUCAGAAAUCACAAACCUGAGUUCUAAAGUUUACAAAGUCUUAGAAGAGGCAUUAAACCUUGCAACACAAUUUCAUUCAACACAUGAAGAGCUGAGCCAGUGGCUGGACAAGGUGGAAAUAGAACUGAAGAGCUAUGAUCUGCAGAGCUAUAAACCAGAGGAGUUGAACGCCAUUCAACAAAGAAAGAAGGAACUUCAAUCAGAAGCCAGAACAAACAAGGCAGUGCUGGACUCCCUGAAUGACGUUAGCAGUGCUUUGAUGGAACUAGUGCCUUGGAGAGUCAGAGGAGGCCUUGACAAAAUGGUGACAGUAGACAAUGAUCGCUACAGAUUAGUAAGCGACACCCUCACACAAAUGGUUGAAGAGAUAGAUGCUGCUAAGUUGAGAUCUCAGCAGUUUGAGCAAGCUGUUGGUGCAGAGCAAACAUGGAUUGAGGAAACUAAAAAUAAAUUGAUGGCUCUUGGUCCCAUUCGGCUGGAGCAAGACCAGACCGUGGCUCAGCUACAAGUUCAAAAGGGCUUUGCAAUGGACGUAUUAAAACACAAAGAUACGAUAGAUGAACUGGUCAGUUCGGGAGAUGAAAUAAUGAAUUCAUUUAAUGAUGGGGAAAAACAAACCAUGGUGAACAAGGUCAGAAGCCUGCAGAAAAAUUAUGAGGACGUCUGUCAUUUGAAUGCUGAAAGGAACCUGCAGCUGGAGCGAGCUGUAUCUCUAGUAAGCCAGUUCUGGGAGACAUACGAAGAACUGUGGCCAUGGCUGACAGAAACCGAGAGAGCCAUCUCUGAAUUGCCACCACCGGGUUUAAAUUAUGAUACACUAAAACAACAGCAAGAAGAUAUUCGGCAACUUCGUGAGCUGAUUGCAGAACACAAACCUCAUAUAGAUAAGAUGAACAAAACUGGGCCCCAGCUGUUGGAACUCAGUCCUGAGGAAGGUUUCUUUAUCCAGGAGAAAUAUGUUUCAGCUGAUUCCCUCUACAGUGAAAUCAAGGAGGUUGUAAAGAAGCGGGCUGUUGCCUUGGAUGAAGCUUUUUCUCAAUCUUCACAGUUUCAUGACAAGAUUAAUCCAAUGCUUGAAAGCUUGCAACGAAUAGCUGAGCGUUUGAGACAGCCACCUUCAAUCUCAGCAGAGUGUGAGAAGAUCAGAGAGCAGAUAAGCGAGAAUAAAAAUGUUUCUGUGGAGCUUGAAAAGCUGCAGCCUGUCUAUGAGACGCUUAAGAUGCGUGGAGAGGAAAUGAUCGCUCGUUCGGAGGGUGCUGAUAAGGACAUCUCAGCUAAAGCUGUCCAAGAUAAGCUUGACCAAAUGGUCUUUAUCUGGGAGGACAUCCAGGCUUUGACAGAGGAAAGGGAGGCCCAGUUGUUGGAUGUGUUGGAGUUGGCAGAAAAGUUCUGGUGUGAUCACAUUGCUCUAAUAGCCACCAUUAAAGACACCCAAGAAUUUAUCCGAGAUCUUGAUGAACCUGGAGUUGAUCCUUCAGUUGUAAAACAGCAACAAGAGGCAGCGGAGGCUAUAAAAGAAGAAAUUGAUGGCCUGCAAGAAGAGUUGGACCUUGUGUUUUCUCUUGGGUCAGAGUUAAUAUCUGGAUGUGGAGAACCUGACAAGCCUGUUGUGAAUAAAAGUAUUGAUGAGGUGAAUUCUGCAUGGGAUACACUGUAUAAAACAUGGAAAGAGAGAGUCGACAAACUGGAUGAAGCAAUGAAGGCUGCUGUACAGUACCAGGAUGGGUUGCAGGCACUCUUUGACUGGGUGGAUAUUGCUACAGGGAGAAUGUCUAUAAUGUCACCCAUCGGAACAGACUUAGACACGGUGAAGCAGCAAAUAGUUGAACUUAAGCAAUUUAAGACAGGGGCGUAUCAACAACAAAUAGAACUGGAAAGGCUGAAUCACCAGAAAGAGUUAUUACAGAAGAAGGCGACAGAUGAGAAUGAUAAGCAAGCUGUUGAAGAUUCCUUCAAAGAACUGAAAAGUUUAUGGCAAACCUUAGAGGAUAAAAUUAUCAACAGACAGCACAAACUAGAAGCUGCCCUCUUAGCUUUAGGUCCAUUCCAGCAUGCACUAGAUGAAUUGCUAACAUGGAUGACUCAUACAGAAGGACUGCUCAAUGAACAGAAACCCGUUGGUGGAGAUCCAAAGACUAUUGAGAUUGAACUUGCCAAACACCAUGUGCUACAAAAUGAUGUUCUGGCACACAAGUCUAGUGUAGAAACGGUCCAGAAAGCGGGAAACGACCUGAUAGAGUCCAGUGCCGGAGAAGAGGCCAAGAGUCUGCACAGCAGGUUAGAGGCACUAAGCCAGCGUUGGCAAAAUGUCACGGAUCAAACAGAGCAGAGGAGAAAGCAACUUGACAAAGCACUUCUCCAGGCUCAGGGUUUCCACAGCGAGAUUGAAGAAAUGCAUCAAUGGCUGACAGAGACUGAACGUCAUUUACUGGCUUCCAAACCUGUUGGAGGAUUACCAGAAACAGCGAGGGAGCAACUCAACACUCAUCUGGAACUAUGUGCUAUGUUUGAAGUAAAGGAAGAGGUCUACAAAAACAUCAUGCUUAAAAGCCAGCAACUGUUGCAAAAAAGUUCAGAUGACCCUGAAGCAAAUAUGGAUCAAGACAUAAACAACCUAAAAGAGAAAUGGGAAUCAGUAGAAACAAAACUCAGUGAGCAAAAAGCAAAACUCGAGGACGCACUAAAUGUGGCAACGGGAUUUAACAUUUCUCUUCAAGACUUUAUUAACUGGUUAACUCAAGCAGAGCAGACACUAACUAUGGCUUCUCCUGCAAGUCUUAUUUUGGAUACAGUAUUAUUUCAGAUUGAUGAACAUAAGGUAUUUGUUACUGAAGUUAAUUCACACAGAGAUCAGAUCAUGGAGCUGGAUAAAACUGGAACCCAUUUAAAAUAUUUCAGCCGAAAAGAGGAUGUAGUAUUAAUCAAGAAUUUACUGAUCAGUGUACAGAGCAGAUGGGAAAAUGUUGUCCAACGCUCACUAGAAAGAGGGCGAGCAUUAGAUGAUGCCCGAAAAAGAUCCAAACAGUUCCAGGAAGCCUUUGACAAACUUAUGGAAUGGCUGGAGGAAUCAGAAACAUCUUUAGAUUCAGAACUUGAGAUUGCAAAUGACCCAGACAAGAUCAAGACGCAACUGACAACACAUAAGGAGUUUCAAAAAAACCUGGGUGCCAAACAUUCUGUCUACGAUUCCACCUCUAGGAGUGGUCGCUCCUUGAAAGAUAAAGCAACACUGAAUGAUGACAUUCAGAAACUGGAUGACAUGCUCAGUGAGAUAAGAGACAGAUGGGAUACAGUCUGUGGGAAGUCAGUGGAGAGACAAAACAAACUGGAGGAAGCACUGCUGUUCUCUGGCCAGUUUACAGAUGCUUUGCAAGCUCUUAUUGAUUGGCUGUACAGAGUGGAACCACAGUUGGCUGAAGAUCAACCAGUACAUGGCGAUAUUGAUGUAGUGAUGAAUCUCUUUGACAACCACAAAGUUUUUCAAAAAGAGCUGGGAAAGAGAAGCAGCAGUAUUCAGGCCCUCAAGCGUUCUGCCAAAGAGUUAGUUGAAGGAAGUCGUGAUGACUCUUCUUGGGUGAAAGCCCAAAUGCAGGAAUUAGGCACCCGCUGGGAAACUGUAUGCACUUUAUCUGUAUCCAAACAGAUCCGACUGGAAGAAGCACUGCGCCAGGCAGAGGCAUUUCACUCAGCUGUGCAUGUCUUGUUGGAGUGGCUGGCUGAGGCAGAGCAGACUCUGAGAUUUCACGGGGUCCUCCCCGAUGAUGAAGAUUCUCUAAAGACACUAAUUGAACAGCACAAGGAAUUCAUGAGAAAUAUUGAGGCACAAAGAACUGAGCUGAAUAAUGGAGCGAGUAUGGGAGAAUCAAUCCUUUCGGUUUGUCAUCCGGACUCUAUUACUACUAUUAAGCACUGGAUAACCAUUAUUAGAGCUAGGUUUGAGGAGGUCUUAACCUGGGCAAAACAGCAUCACCAGAGGCUGGCUGUAGCAUUGGACGAUUUGAUAACCAAAAAGGAGUUGCUGGAAUCUCUUCUGGCAUGGUUACAGUGGGCAGAGGCUACACUCAAUGAAAAAGACAAGGAAGACAUCCCAGAGGAGAUAGAUGAAGUUAAAGCUCUGAUUGCAGAACAUCAGGCAUUUAUGGAAGAAAUGACUAGAAAACAGCCAGAUGUAGAUAAAGUCACAAAGACUUACAAGAGGAAAGCUGCUGAAUCUACAUCAGGCCAAUCUCAAAUCCCGGUCUUAGACAAGGGGAAAGCAGGCCGAAAGAGGUCACCGACACCUAACCUUUAUUCAUCCGGCACACAAGCUACACUAGAAACAAAGAACCCAAGGGUCAAUUUAUUAGUUAGCAAAUGGCAACAUGUGUGGCUUUUGGCAUUAGAGAGAAGAAGAAAUCUGAAUGAUGCUUUGGAUAGGCUGGAAGAGCUCAAGGAGUUUGCCAACUUUGAUUUCGAUGUAUGGCGAAAGAAAUAUAUGAGGUGGAUGAAUCAUAAGAAAUCACGAGUAAUGGACUUCUUCAGGAGGAUAGACAAAGAUCAAGAUGGAAAGAUAACACGGCAGGAAUUUAUAGAAGGAAUUCUUUCUUCAAAAUUUCCUACCAGCCGUCUAGAGAUGAGCGCUGUGGCUGACAUCUUUGAUCGUGAUGGGGAUGGUUACAUUGACUAUUAUGAGUUUGUAGCAGCCCUUCACCCAAACAAAGAUGCUUAUAAACCUGUAACUGAUGCUGACAAAAUUGAAGACGAGGUAACUCGACAAGUGGCUAAAUGUAAGUGUGCCAAGCGAUUCCAAGUUGAACAGAUUGGAGAAAACAAAUACAGGUUUUUCCUGGGAAAUCAGUUUGGUGACUCCCAGCAAUUACGUCUUGUCCGUAUUCUGAGGAGCACGGUGAUGGUUCGGGUUGGUGGAGGUUGGAUGGCACUCGAUGAAUUCCUGGUGAAAAAUGAUCCAUGUAGAGUUCAUCAUCAUGGAAGUAAAAUGUUACGUUCGGAAUCGAACUCUUCAAUUACUACUCAGCCUCUUAUAGCCAAAGGAAGGACAAAUGUAGAGCUUCGGGAAAAGUUUAUGUUACCAGAGGGAAUUAGUCAAAGCAUGACACCUUUCCGACCGAAGGGCCGGAGGUCUAGACCGUCUUCAAGAGGGGCUUCACCAAACAGGUCUAACUCAAGCCCAAAUAUCCAGGCUAGUCCAUCACAGAUAACUGUUACCAGUACACCCAAGACACCUCUCCAUAUAACACGCAAUUAUGGUAAACCUUGGCUGACAAACAGCAAAACAUCCACUCCUUGUAAGAGUCCUGAGCCCCCUGAGUACAGACUCUCAUCUGAAGAGGGAACCCCAAUUCAAGGAAGUAAGCUCAGGCUUCCAGGAUAUCUUUCAGGGAAAGGUUUUCAAUCAACAGAAGAAAGUAGUUUAUUAACAACAGCAUCCACCAAAGUAAAGGCACAGUUUGCAGAUUUUCGGAAAACUCCAAGUCGAGCUGGUAGUAAGGCUGGAAGCAGGUCAAGUAGCCGGCGAGGAAGUGAUGCCUCUGACUUUGACAUCUCCGAUAUCCAGUCUGUGUAUUCUGACAUGUCUGAGACUGUUCAUGAUAGCAGACCCUCUCCACGAUCAAGUUCACGGCUUUCAACGGGCAAACCCUCCAAAAUUCCCACUCCUCAGCGGCGGUCACCUUUGAGCAAACUAGCAACAACAAAGGCAACAAAAAGAUAGGGUGAUAAACUCUGGAGAAAGUCUUUCGUUGUGCAUUGCCUAUUUAAGUUUUUAAGAUGUAAAAUAUCAUGUAGAUUAUUGUGGAAUAAUGCAAGAAUUUGAUUUUAACCCUGCAGAUGGCCUUAAAUGUGUGUUUUGUCUUUGUCUUUGUUUUUUUACACAUAUUUUUAUUGAAUUUUGUGUUCUAGUUUGGAAAUUCUUGAGGGACAGUAAAUGAAACUAAUAGACACACUUGCGUGAGGAAAACAAACUAAGCGGUUGCUAUGAAUGUAUUUAUAACUUCAUUUCAGAGGGAACUUCAAUAUGCCAAACACUGCUUUAUUAGAUAAAAAAAUAAGAAUACCUCAUAACUAUUUAUAAUAGUGCAAAAUGUUUAACAAACAUAAAAGCUUAAAAAACACUACACAAUCUCCAAUCACUUGAACAUAACAAGACCCUCUGCAUUUAUUGACGCAGUUUACUUUUAGAGAACUCACAGAAGUUUAUUUAAUCACUUGCCAGAAAUUAUAUUUUUGUUUUUAUUUUAUUUUUUAUUUUAUUUUAACUUAUGUCUGUGAGAUUCGGUCUUAAUAGAACUAUUACACUGUUGAAAGAGUAGUAUUUUGGUGCAUAUGUGCAGUUUUCCUUCGCUUGAGUGGAUGGUUAAACAAUAUCAAACAUUUUUUGUAUCCAAUCAGUUUUGCUUGCAGAAUCUAUGAAAUAAAACCUGUCCAAAAUCA